UCGCAUGCGGAACAGAACUAAUUUUCUACAGAUAAUAAACUGAAAAUUUUGCAGCGCGAUAAGAAAAUUGAGCUAAAGCAGUAGUGAAAACAAUAUCAAAACAACCUGAGUGAUUUCAUUCGUAAAAAGUGAUAUUUAAUCUUAAAUAUAUAAUAUUGAUAUUAAAGUGCCCUAGGAAUUUAUUGCCGUGCCUAAUGAAUCACUACCUAUAUCGAACCGCUCUAAUGAGAACUCCGGCCAGUAUUGGAAUACUAAUAUUAAAUAGUCUAUGUGUUUGUGUGAGACCGUAUGAUUUUUCAAUAUCGAAUCCAUUAAAGCCUGAUGUCUCAAUCUACCCGCAAAUAUGUUUUAUGGAUAUCAAACCGUUCUACUGUCCAAAAGUCUCGCCUAGGCUUGAUCCAGCUAACAUGCCAUAUGCCAUUCAAGCAGGUAGACAACGUCAAAGAUAUAACUCAUAUAGAACAAAUGCACGCCCAUACAUAGAUCCAAGUUUCGUGUUUCUGAAAGGAACACUGGAUAAUGAUCUCAGACGGCGACCACCUAUUUACUAUAGCCCACAGACAUAUUUACAGUCUUCUGUUAAACACGCACCCAAUCCUGAUAUUCACAGAAGCUUUUUAUAUAAUUCACUUCCACUGGAACACGGAAAAAAUAAUUAUGAAGUAACAACCGUGGAGACUGAGAUUAAACCUUCGUCAGAUUAUUCAAUAUUGACUUCACGGAGUGAUGUAGUAGCCGUGAGUGAAUCAACAACAGCUGUACCAUUUGUAAAAGUUCCAGAGAGAAGUUCCGAUACACCAGCCAAUGUUUCAUUAUUUGAUAAAUUUACCCAGUCAUUAGACCGAUUUGAACGUAAGUUUUAUCAGAUCACAUUUAUUAAGCUUUUAUCCAUAAGCCCGCCCGGCCACCUGGUAAAUGGGAUCAGUUUCGCUCAGUCCGGCCUGUUUCUAUACUUGGCGCUCACUGCGUUGUCCACGGAAGUUGAUUCGGUUUCUUCGGCCGAAAUUGACAGAUACUUGCAUCUGCAAUUAUCUGACUCAGGCAAGAUAAAGCUUCUAAAUCAGAUUGUUUCCUGGCUCCCAACAUCAAGUGUCAAUCUGAAGUUCCGCUGGGCUACACGUCUGGUACUGGAAGCAGGGUUACCAGUAACUCAAAAAUUUCGGCAAGGAUCUGCUCCUGCUCUUAAGUUACAAGUGGAAUGGUUAAACGGGACAGAAACAUUGGGCAAUUUAACAAAAACGCUCAACAGCAGGGUGAAAACAGAUUCUGGUGGUGCAAUGCGCAAUACUUUCGAAGAAGACGAUUUUUCCGAGGGUGCAUGUUCCAUUCUGCUGAACACUUUGUACUUUCGUGCGCGGUGGCGGUCUCCGCCCACCGUGCUCAAUGGCUCACGACCUUUUCAUGACUCUGAGCUCACCCAACCUCAACGGUCUGUAAGAAUGAUCAGAAUAAAUGACGUCAUGCGGUAUGCCGAUAUCGAGGAAUGGAAUGCUGAGGCAUUGGAGAUUAAAUAUGCAACACCUGGUCUAACACUCAUGCUGCUGAUCCCCAAAGGGCACACACUCCGUAACUUGGCAAAAAAUGUGACUACGUCAAGCCUAUGGGAACUUGAUAAGAAAUUACUUUCAAUGCGGGUAGCCGCGAUCCUGCCGAUUUACACGCUGCGCAUGACACUGCUGUUACCUGGGAAACUUGAAACGAUGGGUAUUUCACGCUUAGUUGAAACAAAUAACGCCAAGACCAGUGGAUGUGGAGAGCUGAGGUUGUCGCACGCGGUCCAGCGGAUCAUGUUUUGGGCGGAGGCUGGUCGGAACGCCUACAAAGAUGACGGAAUAGAAUGGGAUGAGACUCCGGAAAAAGAAAUUAUUGUGGACCGCCCGUACCUUUUCUUCGUUCGAUGGAAAAACGUUACAUUAAUGAAUGGAAAUUUUGCAUUAUAGACAUUGUAAUUUAAGUAUCUUACUCCAUUUUAUUGAAC